AUGUGUACAGAAAUGAGCAUCGACUUAAGCCAGCCCCGCUACGACCAAAGCUCGUACGCGGGACGAGCCAAACAUUUCCUGCUUCUCACCAACCCCCUGAACGCUUUCGCCUCCACGGAGCAGCUCGAUGAGGCGAAAAAGGUGGUUACAGAAUUUAAGCGAAGUCGACGAAUGCCAGCCGGUUAUGACUUGGACAAGUUGUGGGCGGCCAAGUACCUGUACGACAGCGCGUAUCACCCCGACACCGGCGAGAAAAUGUUCGUCCUCGGCAGAAUGGCCGCUCAGGCGCCGAUGAACACUAUCAUCACCGGGUGUAUGAUUACGUUUUACAAGACGACUGCGGCGAUCGCGUUCUGGCAAUGGGUAAAUCAAACCUUUAAUGCGCUCGUCAAUUACACGAAUCGAGGAGGAGAUGCGCCUAUGAGCAUGACGCACCUGCUGGGCUCUUACUGCGCAGCGUGCGGAGGAGCCCUCGGCACGGCUCUCUACCUCAACAGCAAAGUUAAGAACAUGAGCCCGAUCUACUCUCGCCUCGUGCCGUUCGCUGCUGUUUGCGGCGCCAACUUCAUCAACAUUCCUAUGAUGAGGAGCGGGGAGUUAAUGAACGGCACCCCUGUGUUCACGCCGGACGGUAAGAGAGUCGGGGAAUCGAAGGCCGCGGCGCGAUACGGCAUAAGUCUGGUCAUCGUUUCCAGGAUCUUCAUGGCUCUGCCCGGAAUGACGGUGACCCCCAUGAUAACAAACAUAGCGACGCAGAGGGGCCUCUUCUGCCAUUACCCCAAGGCGGUGAUUCCGUUCCAGUUGUUCCUGGUGGGUUUGUGCGUGACCUUCGCGACUCCGCUCUGCUGUGCGAUCUUUGACCAACGCGCUUCCCUCGCCGUCGACAGCCUCGAUACAGAGCUUAGGGAUACCGUAAAAAAGAAUUACCCCAACGUCAAGCACGUCUUCUUCAAUAAGGGCCUGUAA